AUGAUCCUUCAGCCCAGAAAACCAGUAAAGCAAAAUAGUACGGAGUACUUGUUAAAAAAAAAAAUAGUACGGAGUAAAAUUCUGAGAAAAAAUUCUGUGAUGGAAGAAAACUCCAUUGUAGAGGAGAGAGAAAAUCUGAUGGUUCCACCAGCAAAUGAAGGAUUACCAACCUUUAGAAGAGCUCAUUUUUUGAAACCCAUCUACAAUCCAACUAAUCAGCUUCUCCCAAAACACCCUUCUAUUUGUCUUCCUUUAAAUACCAAGACAAAAAAGCUGAAAGAAAGAGUUGUUUUCAAGGGUAGGUUAAAACCCCAUAAGUCAUGGAGUAUUUGGGUUGAAAAUCUGCAGAAAACCCAUGAAUUAAGUUGGAAAAGAGCUGGAAUAUAUGACGCAAUUAGAUGUUCAACUUAUGAAAUUAAGGAGGAUAAUGAGUUAAUCAUUGGAUUAGUUGAAAAAUGGUGCCCUGAUACUAAUACUUUUGUUUUUCCUUGGGGUGAAGCAAGUAUAACUUUGGAGGAUGUUAUGAUCCUAGGAGGGUUCUCAGUUUUCGGGUUUUCAGUCCUCGAAAACUCGUGUAAUAUUGCAGAUGAUCAUAACAUUGUGAAGAAGCUGAAUGAUGCUUGUGCAAAGAUCAAGAAAGAUACUAAUGUGUCUAAUGUUAGUCAUCUUGAAUGGAUGAAUUACUUUAAGGGUUAUGGUGGUGAAAUGGAAAAUGUGGCAUUGAUUGUUUUAUGGUUAUCGAGUCUUGCUAGAGGUACUCGAAUCGCGCUUGCUCCUGCUGUGUUAGCUUUAAUUUAUAGAGAUUUGAGUUUGUUGAAGAAGAAGAUAUUAAGUUUAAACUGUGAAGAUGGUCAAGGUGAUGGUUCAAAGCUUGUUCUUUGGGCACCCUUUCAAUUGAUUCAGGUUUGGGCUUGGGAGAGGUUUCGGACAUUAGGGCCUAAACCCGAACCCCUUGUUCAUGGUGAGCCGAGAUUGGCUCGUUGGCACGGAGUGAAUGGUGUGAGAAAUAGGAGGUUGAGGGUUGAAAUUGAGUCUGCCGGAGGUGAGUUUUUGUGGAGGCCUUAUGCUUUGUAUGUAAGAAAUUGGGAAUUUCCUAAGUUUUAUUGUGAUGAGGAAAUGUGGGUGUUGGUGGAUUCUGAGGUGGAUGAGGAAUUAUUGUCAUUUGGGGUGUGUUUGAGGGUGUGUGAGUUGGUGGGUGUGAAUUGUGUUAAGCAAUACCUGCCUCAUAGAGUAGCAAUGCAAUUCGGAAUGGAUCAAGAUAUUCCGAUUUCCAUUCCUAGAUUGAAUGCUGAUGUUGAACUUGCUUGGAGUAGCUAUGACAAACCGCUUCAUGGUUUGAAAUUCUAUAUACCUCCUCGAUUGCUUGAAGGAGAUAUUACCAUUCAGUAUUCUAAUUGGUGGAAGACACUAGAUUCGCUCCCUGUUGAAAAGCCAAUACAGAGGAAUAGAAAGACGAAGGUGAAGAAAUUAUCUCAAAUUCUACAGGGAAGUAAGGAAGGGAAUUGCAAGGAGGCUCCUCUUCCUUCAUCCUCCCCAUGUACUAAGGCUGUUGAGUUGGAUUGCUUAGGCAAUAGCAGGGAAAUGCCAAAUGAAAAAUUACCAUCUUCUGUAAAAAGUAAGGGAGUGCAGGAUAUUGUGAUUGAUUUGCUGUUGGGGCUAGAUGACAACAGAAAGAAUGAAUCGAAUGCUAUAGAGCAAGACAGGGAAAAAGAAGUGAAUGAAUCGAAUGCUAUAGAGGAAGACAGGGAAAAAGAAGUGAAUGAAUCGAAUGCUAUAGAAGAAGACAGGGAAAAAGAAGUGAAUGAAUCGAAUGCUAUAGAAGAAGACAGGGAAAAAGAAGUGAAUGAAUUAAAUGCUAUAGAGGAAGAGAGGCAAAAAGAAUUGUAUCAGAGUGAUGGUAACCUGGGUGUGGACAGCAAGUAUUCAGAGAGUACUCAAUCUCAAAAUGAAAUUCCUGUUGGUUCAUCUUCCCAAUGUAAUGUGGAGAUGUACGUAGAUUUUGCUGGGAGUAGCAGUAACAGGCCAUGCGGAAAAUCAACUUCUUGUGAACAUAGAGAGUACUCUGAGGGUGCUUGUUCUCCAAAUGAAAAAUUGAUCGAAGAUAAAGGAACCUUUAGUGGAGCAAGGUCGCUGAUCAAAACUGAGACGACUCCUUUGUGUGGUGCAAUUGCUGAAGAUGUACACCAGACAGUUGCAGUAGUUGUCGACAUAGAGCAAAUGAAGCCUUCACCUGAUGAUAUUGUUAAUGUCAGUGAUGAAGAAAUGGAUACAGUUGCAGUAGAUGACGACAUAAAGCAAAUGAAGACUUCACCUGAUGUUAUUGUUAUUGUCGGUGAUGAAGAAAUGGAUGAUUAUCUUAAAUCGUUUGAAGCAAAAAGUCUGGAAAUUGAUGCUAGGCUAAAUAGGAUUGAGAAGAUAGUUUCUUCCCUAUAA